AUCAACUCCACAAAUAUACGUAAAGUCAAACUAAAUAAGAAGACAAGUGGAUACUUGCCAACCUGGAACACGAACGUGACAAUAGUUGCAGUUGUUACAGAUCAGGAUUCCAGAACAACCUCAGAAAACAUAGCAAGUUUCGAACAGCUGUACCAUCUAGAGGCAGGUGCCAGCAGCUCUUCCAAAUCGGUUUACCCUAUAACCUUCCAUAACAGAACAACACUAAAUAUCGUCGUUAAAGUGUGGCAGACCACAUCCACACUUUGUCCUCCUUCAACAACAAGGUAUUUUACAUGUGAUUCGAAAACUGGAGCGCUGUCCUGUAAGAAGCCGGGUCCUGCUGUACUGCGGCUUGAUUCCACUGUACCGGUGGCAAAUCGUGGUCAAUUUCAAACAGGACUGAUGACUCUUGCGAACGCAAAUUUAUGCACCAAUUCCAUGAAAUAUAGAAACACAAACCGGUGGAGAUCAUCUGGGGGAAAGCAGACGUUCUGGUUUAAUUCAUACUGUAAUGCGGUAUCAAUACCAGCAAUCAAGAUACAGGCCAUGCUGGCCACGGCAAACACAGCAUCAUUAUCAAAGUUGAUGAAACCUCAAAUUGGACAAGUUCAAGCCGUUUCCUCACAUCCGAGUCCGAACGUGUUCAUGGCCGUACGUGUAAUGUCCUACGUCAACCACGACGGCUCGUCCAGGGGAUCAGGAAGUAACCGGAAGUGCUGUGACACCAAUGUACGUGUUGGACACUGCAGCAGUUCCGACAAAUGUGAUCCAGUGUUCCGUAUCUGUAUUGGAGGAAGUUCUCAUUCCCCGUGCAUCACAACACCAAAAACUACAAACGCCAACACGAUAGAGACAUGCGGAGACAUCAAUGCUGAUGACAGCACGACCAUCAGGCCGAUAAAUCCGAUAGUGGCACGUCUGGCCUGGACUCAAUGGGGCAGGACAACCGUGUUUGUAGAGAUACAAGAUGAUGACAAUCAUCAUCAUGACGUCAUAGAUCAGCUUACAACGUCUCAUGAUAUAACACCUAGUCCGUCCCUGGCCAAGGCGACCCCCACAGUCAUAGCCUUGCAUAACGUAGUCAGUGUUACCUUAGAACUUUUGGUAUGGUGCAUGCCUGAUAUGUAUGGCAGUAACUGUGACGUACGUUGUGUGGAAAAUCCCAGGAUGCAUUGCAAUAAAACAACAGGACAGCCGUUUUGUAAACAGGGUUGGACUGGUGCGACCUGCACGUCCUGUAGCCAGUCAUUGUGCCACAACCACGGAAACUGUACUGCAGGACAUAACGGACAGACUACGUGUGUCUGUACUCAGGGCUGGACGGGACAACAGUGUGAGCAGGACAUCAAUGAGUGUCAUAACAGUAACUCAUGUCAUCACGGUGGGGUGUGUAAUAACACAGCUGGAUCCUUCAGCUGUAAAUGUACCGAUGGUUGGCAUGGACAUGCGUGUUCUGAUGACGUCAACGAAUGUACUACACUACACCCAUGUACACACGGCGUGUGCAGUAAUACACCGGGAGGGUACACGUGUUCUUGUCCACUUUACUGGACAGGACAGAACUGUUCAUCUGUGCUCGAUAGAUGUCAACCUAAAAACCCGUGUGAAAAUGGAGGCACGUGUACCAAUGCACCCACUGACUUUAACUGUUCCUGCACUGCGGGUUGGAAAGGUGCAAACUGUUCAACGGAACUUGACGAGUGCCACACCGAAAGAAAUCCUUGUCUUAAUGGAGGUACCUGUGUUAACACGAGAGGCUACUUCAAAUGUAUUUGUCCAUCAGGAUGGACGGGACCUAUUUGUACGAUAGAUAUCAAUGAGUGUAAUAGUAGAACAAAUGCUCCUUGUCAAAAUGGUGGAACUUGCAAAAACACUCCCGGUCACUACACGUGUUUGUGUCCUCGUGCAUGGUCCGGACAUUUGUGCGAAAUGGAUGUUGACGAAUGUAAGAUUUCAACACCGUGUCUCCAUGGCGGAACCUGCCGGAAUAUAAACGGAUCCUUCAAUUGUCUGUGUCCUACCAGUUGGUCGGGAAAUAUGUGUCAAAAAGUCAGAAAUGAAUGCAGUGAUACGUUGUUGUGUAAACAUGGCGGAACAUGUCUUAACACAGUCGGAAGUUUCUCAUGCUCGUGUAUACUGGGUUGGUCGGGGCGCACCUGCGAUAGUGACGUUAAUGAAUGCAUGCCUCAGAACCCAUGUUCUAAUGGGGGCACCUGUCAGAACAUGAACGGGAGUUUCCAUUGUCAAUGUCCGAGAGGAUGGUCGGGGCACACGUGUGACGAUGACAUCGACGAAUGUAUUACGUUGUCUCCAUGUUCUCAUGCUGGAACUUGUAAAAAUAAAAACGGGAGUUUCAGUUGUCAUUGUUCUCGUGGUUGGACUGGACCUACAUGUGAAAAAGACGUCGAUGAAUGCAAAACUGCAAACCUAUGUCGACAUGGCGGAACCUGUUUAAACACAAACGGAAGUUUCAGCUGUCACUGUCCUAAAGGAUGGACGGGAAGUUCUUGUGAAACGGAUAUAAAUGAAUGUAAGUCUUCAAAUCAGUGUCAACAUGGAGGAACGUGUUUGAACACAAACGGAAGUUUCAGAUGUCAUUGUCCUAAGGGAUGGACGGGAAGCUCUUGUGAAAGCGACAUCAAUGAAUGUAAGUCUUUAAAUCUAUGUCGACAUGAUGGAACUUGUCGCAAUACGAACGGAAGCUACAUAUGUCUUUGUAGACCCCACUGGACCGGAAGUAAUUGUGAGAACGAUGUUAACGAAUGUGAAGCGUCAAAUCCUUGUACGCACGGAGGCAGCUGUCUAAAUAGUAACGGCAGCUUUUCGUGUGUUUGUCCUCAUACAUGGACAGGGAAGUUAUGCGAUACGGAUGUUAACGAAUGCAACUUAACAGAUACGUGUCUUAAUGGAGGAGCUUGUAAGAACAUAGAAGGCUCUUUCAAGUGUGAAUGUGCUGUAGGAUGGUCAGGAUCACAAUGCCAAACAGACAACGACGAAUGCAAAAUCUUUGGAAUCUGUAACAAUUAUGGGACGUGUCAAAAUACAAAUGGAAGCUUUGUCUGUCUUUGCAAUAACGGUUGGAGUGGUAACACGUGUCAAACAGACAUAAACGAAUGUCUUAUUUCCUCUCCCUGCUUAAAUGGUGGAAACUGUUACAAUACAAACGGUUCCUUUGACUGUGAAUGUGUAAGUGGUUGGUCAGGAUCUACCUGUGAGAAAGACGUAGAUGAAUGUGAAGACGGUGACGCUUGUCAACAUAAUGGAACAUGCAACAAUGCAAUCGGAAGUUUCAGCUGUCAGUGUCGAAGGGGUUGGAUGGGAGCUACAUGCAAUACGGACAUAGACGAAUGUAAUUUGCCGACCCCAUGUCUUUAUGGAGGGACAUGUCGCAAUACGAACGGAAGUUACACGUGUAUGUGUAGUCCUCACUGGACCGGAAGUAAAUGUGAGACCGAUGUUAACGAAUGUGAGGAAUCAAACCCUUGUAGGCACGGAGGCACCUGUCUAAACAGUAACGGCAGUUUUUCAUGUGUUUGCCCUCAUGCAUGGACAGGGAAGUUAUGCGAUACGGAUGUUAACGAAUGCAACUUUACAGAUACGUGUCUAAACGGGGGCAUUUGUUACAACGCAAAUGGUUCAUUUACGUGCGAAUGUGUUGUAGGGUGGUCGGGAUCACAAUGCCAAACAGACAACGACGAAUGCAAAAUCAGUGGGAUUUGUAACAGAAAUGGGACGUGUCAAAAUACAAAUGGAAGCUUUGUCUGUGAUUGUUAUAACGGUUGGAGUGGUGACACGUGUCAAACAGACAUAAACGAAUGUCUUAUUUCCUCUCCCUGCUUAAAUGGUGGAAACUGUUACAAUACAAACGGCUCCUUUUCCUGUGAAUGUGUAAGUGGUUGGUCAGGGUCUACUUGUGAGGAAGACGUAGAUGAAUGUGAAGACGGUUUUAAAUGCCAACACAAUGGAACGUGUCAUAAUACAAACGGAAGCUUUGUAUGUGACUGUCCAAGUACCUGGACUGGACAAAAAUGUGAGAAUGACGUGAACGAAUGUCACGCGACUCCGUCUGUGUGUCAUCAUGGAGGAAUGUGUUUUAACAUGAACGGCUCGUUUAAUUGCGAGUGUGCUACUGGUUGGUCAGGGAUGAACUGCGAAAACGACAACAAUGAAUGUACAUUCGAAGGCAUUUGUCGACACGGCGGAUCCUGCCAGAAUACAAUCGGAUCGUACCGGUGCGCAUGUAGCAGCGGAUGGACAGGAUUAACUUGUGCAAACGAUAUAGAUGAAUGCAAAAUCAGUCAUCCCUGUAAAAAUGGCGGAGUAUGUAGGAACAUUAAUGGAUCUUACAUUUGUACUUGUUUAGGUGGUUGGAGUGGGGAACACUGUGAAAACGACAUUGAUGAGUGCAACAUGACAACGCAUUGCUACAAUAACGGCACGUGUUACAACACGUUAGGCUCUUACACAUGUAAUUGUACUAUCGGUUGGACGGGGACGUCUUGUGUCCAUGAUAUAGAUGAGUGUGCGACAAUAGACCCAUGCCAACAUGAAGGUGUAUGUCAUAACACCAACGGGUCGUACACGUGCCUGUGCGCUGCUGGUUGGAAAGGAGAUAACUGCACUAUCGACGUAGAUGAAUGCGAGAUUCACGGUCAAUGUGGCCAUGGAGGGAUCUGCCACAACCGCAAAGGUAGUUAUACAUGUUCGUGUUCACAUGGAUGGAGAGGCCAGAACUGCACAGAAGACAUAAACGAAUGCAUCAUGUUCCAUCCUUGUGAGAAUAAUGGAUCGUGCACAAACGUUGGCGGAGGUUACAAGUGCUCGUGUAUAGCCGGCUGGAAAGGCACUAACUGUACAAAAGAUAUUGACGAAUGCAAAGACACAAUGCCUUGUCUUCAUAACGGUACAUGCAUAAACGGUAGAGGAUAUUAUCAGUGCCACUGUCCGGAGGGAUGGUCGGGAGACAACUGUUCUUCUGAUGUUGAUGAGUGCCUAUUGUCAACAACUUGCUCAAAUAACGGAACAUGUCAAAAUACGAAUGGUAGUUAUAAGUGUAUCUGUCCACCAGGGUGGUCCGGAUACGAUUGUUCUAGUGACGUAAACGAAUGUGGUAUAGAACCAAAUAUUUGCGGAAACGGAAAGUGUACCAACGUAAACGGUUCGUUUAUGUGUAAAUGCUAUACAGGAUGGAUCGGACACAGCUGUUCCAACGACAUCGAUGAAUGUACCCAAGUGCCGUGUAGAAACAACGGGACAUGUGUGAAUACUCCCGGAAAUUAUUCCUGUUCCUGUUCCCAGGGUUGGCAUGGCCGUGAUUGUGACGCUGACAUUAACGAAUGUUCUGAAAGAAUUUGUCUCCAUGGUGGAAACUGUGCCAAUUUUAAUGGUGGAUACUCUUGUAAAUGUGUAAAUGGUUGGCACGGUCACAAUUGUGAAGUAGAAAAGUCAGAAACGACAACAAGCGUAAUGCACUCAAUAAUUACAGAAAUGGAAAAUUCAAGUAAACCAACUGUUACAAAAGCAGUCACUGCUUUGUCAGAAAAAGUAACAAUAAACAGUGCGGAUACUUCGGCAUACCAGGAAACAGUGACUUCGUCAUCAACAGCCCCAGGCACCAUAGCAUCAUCAGUAAAACAUCAAAGAUCAACUGAUACGACUCAAACGUCUAUUAAAUCAAGUACUUUUGACUCAACCAUCUACCCAGUUUCCAGUUCAACAUCGUAUAAAGCAACUAACUCCGGUUUAACAUCACGCGAAUCAACAUCCGGAUCAACGAAACAUGGAUCAACGACUAUAACUGCAACGUCCAACAACCCAACAACCUCUGGAUCAACGACACAUAAAACAACAAGCGUCAGUGCAACUUCCAGCAAACCAACAACCUCUGGAUCAACGACGCAAAAAACAACAAGCUUCAGUACAACUUCCAACAAACCAAUAACCUCUGGAUCAACGAUACAUAAAACAACAAGCGUUAGUGCAACGUCAAACAACCCAACAACCUCUGGAUCAACGACACAUAAAACAACAAGCGUUAGUGCAACUUCCAACAAACCGAUACCAUUUAGUCGAACGUCGCAAAACCCAAUAACUUCUGUUAGAAGUACAGGUAAGGAAGCGACCGGUUCGAGUAACACAGCAUCGCAUACAGCAACUCCUACGUUCAUGAGGACAGAAGGUAGACAGGAUCCGGUCACAACAGCGCCAACCAGAAAGACAACUAUUUUCUCUGAUACGAAAGCGACCGAAAAUAACAAAGAAUACGUAUCACUGACGUUUGUGGGGAGUGGAAACGCUUCUGUGUCGGUGUUACUUACAGCAGGCGUGAAUGCUCUCGUUGGACGCAUCUGUGUACAUGGGACACCAAACAUUAAACAGAUACAUUACACUGGAGGUCAUGCUCGAUGUCAUAUAGAGUUUACUGCCACUUGUGGCGACCGACCUGUGGUCCAGACCCAGGUCGAUACCGCCAUUAACAUGGACGCUUCCGUACAGACAAUGUUUCCACUGCCUCUCCUUCAUACCAAAUCCCCGGAAACGCCUGCACCAGCCAAAAGCUGGUUUGUUAGCAAUUGGCCUGUGUUAGUCGGGGCUGGAGCUGGUGUCCUGGUCCUAAUGACAAUCAUUGUUAUUCUGUAUAAACGAAGCAGACACAGGAGAAGAGAAUCCACUGUGUUAGACGAUAGCAUUGGCUUAGAGAGACGCACCUCAACAAUAAAACUCAUGAACAACCCUGUGUAUGACACUUACACCACUAACGCGUAGCAUAAUAGGCCGGGCCUGGUAUAUCUAACAUAGGUGGAUAGGCCGGGCCCGGUUUUCUAGCCAGUCUGGUGUGGAUAGUAAUCUAACAUUUGGGGAUCACGUUGUCCAGGACACUAGCCAUGGUGAAUUUGUUGGACCAUAAGUCUUUCACAGGAAGAGCGAUACAGUGGUUGAGUUUCUUAUGACUGAUAAUUUAACCAAUUUUGUUAUAUACUUUAUACAUUUAUAUAUCCUUGAAAUAUGUUGCAGUGGAUUAAUUGCCAAAGACAAAUUUAACUGAAUACAAUGUACAAGCAAUGGCGAUAGACAUUAAAUCCGUAAAUGGUUGAUGGUGCUUUACGUUCUGUUAUGAAAAAAAUCUAGGAAGUGAAGUGAAGACGCACCUUUCUUCUAUAGGUCAAGUCAUCAAAGCGGUGAUUGUUUGGCUAUGCUCACCCUCUUGUUGGAAAUGUAAGUAGUAGUUUGUGAUAUAUUCCGAUAUUAGAUAUUUUGUUGUCAACUUUGUCCGUCCUUUUUGGAUUUUGUACGCGUGAGUCUUUUGUUUAAUGCAGGUGUAAUUGACGACGACGACGACGACGACGAUGAUGAUGAUGAUUUGUUUUGUGUGUGUGUGUGGAUUAGUGGUGCAUGUGUGUUCAUGUCUGUCAAAUCCUAGAAAAUAUUUGAAUGAAAUAUAUUAAAGUUUUAAAAAAGAAGAAAAAACAUGUUACGUUAUGCUACUACAGCGGUAUAUGAUCUGUUUCUACUGACUGUCUGUCUACAGCAUGUAUCUAUGAUGUAUUACGACGAUUAUUUAGAUGCAAAUGUGCUACUCAGUGUCAUGUGAAAUCCCAGGUAAAUAAGAAAAAUCAUACAUGUGCUCAAAUUGAUAUUAGGAACUAGUGAAUUUACAAAUGUAAGAGUGGUACGGAAAAUAAGGGGACGAGCGCAAGCCUCUGUCUAUAUAAUAUUUACCUCCACUCCGAGGGCUCCUCCCUGCUUGGGGUGGCGCCCAAUAGUGCUGACAUCACCAUCUCACGGGCUGGAGGUAAGGAUUACAUAGACAGUGACUUAAUCCCAUCCACUUAGUUCAUCUACUACUUGUAAGAAUCAAGAUGUCAAGUAUCAUGAUCAUAUUUGUGAAGAUAAUGAACUGUGAUCAAUGUGAACUAAAACAAGGAACACUUUAAUAAAAAAAAUGGUUGAUUGUUAUUGUUAUGUGAUUGUAAAAAUAAUCAACUUUAAUAAACAAGAACAUAUGUUACAGUCACAAUUAGAGUGAUUGGAAAGCUGGUUGGAGCUUGUGGUCGUUUUUUCAGUAUAU